UGAGGGGUAGAGGGCACUUUUUACAGCUUUGACAUACUACCUCAGGGUUUGGGCGAUUAAUGACUCCUCUGGUUCUGAGCAACCACGAUGAAUUCCUACCUCGACUACCCGCUUUGUAACCGCGGGCCGAACAUUUUCAAGGCCGGCUACCACAACCUCAACCAUGGAUACGUGACACCCAACGCGGAUAGUUACGCUCAGGAGGGCCACCAAAAUCUUCCCUUGAACCAGCACCACCAGGUCAACCUAGACCUGCAGUACGCGCCACCGCCGCCGGGGAACUCGCUCUACGGGUCCCCUGUGGAGUAUGGACACCAGUACGGCCUGGCUCCCGAGCAGGACCGGGGCUACGUGUCGCCUCUCGGAACCAACAUGCCGCCUUACACCGGGGACAGGUGCAGCGGCGCACAGUACGUGCAAUACGGCGGCGCGGAGCAGAGGCAACCGGAGUAUCCUCCAGAAAGUGUUUACACGGCCCAGCACAAGGACAGCGACGCAGAACACGUAGAGGAAACUUCCAAAACUUUUGACUGGAUGAAAGUGAAGAGGAAUCCUCCGAGAACUGCAGCGAUUCUGUCCGAAUUUGGCCAGCACAACGUGAUCCGCACAAACUUCACCACAAAGCAGCUGACCGAGCUCGAGAAAGAGUUCCACUUCAAUAAGUACUUGACGCGCGCACGGCGGGUGGAGGUGGCCGCCAGUUUGGAGCUCAACGAGACGCAGGUGAAGAUAUGGUUCCAGAACCGGCGCAUGAAGCAGAAGAAGCGCGACAAACUGGGCUGCGUGGCGGGCGGUGGGCCCGCGGAGAAGCUCCCGGGGCCUGACACCCCUCCAGCACCGCCCCCCAAGGCCAGGCCAACAGAAUGAACUAUAAAUACGCGUGAAGGAUUCCAAAAUUGGUAAUCAAACGCACGUAGACUUGCGGAAUUUCAGGGUAUAUACUGCAAACUGCGAAUGUGAUUUUUUUUUUCCUUGCUUUUUAAAACUUAAAAAAAAAGUUUUGUUUAUGUCCAAGCACUGAGCUGCUCAGUGUCACUGUUUGCACUAUUUAUUUGACAGGGUAUUUCACAACCAGAGAUUUUAGCUGAAUAAAGAUGAUCAAUUUAAAAAAAAACGAAACAUUGACAUUCCUAUUCUGUUGAAAAAUUAAGUAAUUUCACAUUUGUUGAAAUUUUGAGUUCAUC